AUGGGAGAAACAGCCUUUAUUCCAAGGAUGAGCUUAACUCCAUCUAAUGCUGACAUUCUAUUCAAAUUCCAGCGCAGACAAUUCUCUGUUACUUUAUGUUUUGCAAUGACUAUAAAUAAAAGUCAUGGACAAUCUUCAACUCAUGUUGGACUGUAUUUGCCAAGGCCUGUCUUUACUCAUGAGCAAUUAUAUGUUGCACUAUCAAGAGUUAAAUCUAGAAAAUGUUUGAAGAUACUAGUCCUAGAUGACCAAGGAAGUAUAAAUAAAUGUCAAGCAGCUUAUUGGUCAUCUAACUUGAAGGAUAAUAUUGUUGCUAUAAGGUUAUGUUGCUCAAAUAUUGAAUUGGUAGCAAAAUUCAACUUGAAGUCUGAAGUCAUUAUCACUGAACAUAGACAACAAGUUCUAUUAAGCAAUCAUGCUGUUGACAUUUUUGUGAAUUUUUAA